AUCCAGUGCGCACUUGUGGCACAAGGUUAGUAGUGGAGUUGCGGUGCGCUUUGCUGUGCCUCAGCCACGGCGGGUAUAUUGACGAAUUGGUUCAACAGCGUGAACGUAUGGCCCUGCACACCGCGUAGAAACAGCGGUGAACGGUUCUCUUGCUGACACCAAAUGUCUUUGCCACAACCCUGUAUUCUGCACAGGUGGCCAACUUGUACAGUUCUACCUCUCUUAGCUUCUGAACUAUUUGAUUUAGCAAGACGGUUUGCAACUACAACUAUGCGUAAUGUCAACUUGUGACGAAACUACGCUUUGCGUAGUCACGUUGAUGGAAACGCUUCUAAUUUGCAUUUUCUUUUUAUCUGACAUUUUAAAAGUUCGCAUAAAAUUCGCUUGACAAUUGGGUGGAUACAUGACACCCAGAAUGUGCGUUUUAAGUUCACCUGAAGCCGUUUUUUUUUAUUUGGAUGAAGUGAAAUACGGAGGAGUGAGACCUCUUUUUCACCCUAUCUGUGCCUGAGACCCUCUGUCCCGGUGACGUCACAGCGGUACAUUUAUCCGCCCAGGCUGCUGGCUUCCUGCUGCUAAGUCUCCACUCUAGCUGUACAAGCUGCUGCACCGCUAAACAAUACUAAGUUGAAGAACCGGGAAACAACAACAUUUCUGGUGGAGUGGUGUUGAGGAGCUCAUCAUGGUGAACAUCCCAGAAUACUAUGCAGGGAAAACGGUGCUGAUCACUGGAGCAACAGGCUUCAUGGGCAAGGUGCUGCUGGAGAAGCUGCUGAGGUCCUGUCCAGGAGUCAAAAGUGUUUAUGUGAUGGUCAGGUCGAAAGCUGGUCACAGCCCCCAGGCCCGCAUUGCUGACGUGAUCAACUGUAAGUUGUUUGAGAGAUUGCAAGACGAACAACCAGGCUUUGCAGAGAAGAUCAUAGCAGUGAACAGUGACCUUACACAGCCAGAGCUGGAUCUGAGUAAAGAGGAUCAGAGCAUCCUGGCUGACAACAUUAACAUUGUUUUCCACUGUGCCGCCACCAUCCGCUUUAAUGAACCACUCAAAGAUGCAAUGCAGCUGAAUGUCCUGGCCACCCAGAAGAUGUUGGCACUGGCCCACAGGAUGAAGCACCUGGAGGUCUUCCUUCACGUUUCCACAGCCUAUGCCAACUGUGAUCGAGAGCUCAUUGAGGAAAUUGUAUACCCUCCCCCCGUAGACUACCGCAGACUCAUCGAUUCUCUGGACUGGAUGGAUGAGGAGCUGGUGACUGCUCUGACACCCAAGCUGAUCGGGAAGCGUCCCAACACCUACACCUACACCAAAGCCUUGGCUGAGUAUAUGGUGCAGCAGGAGGCUGGAGACCUCAACGUAGCCAUUGUCAGGCCCUCCAUAGUAGGAGCCAGCUGGAAAGAGCCCUUCCCAGGUUGGAUUGACAACUACAAUGGACCGAGUGGAAUAUUCAUUGCAGCUGGUAAGGGGAUCCUGCGUACAAUGAGAGCGUCGAAUGAUGCGGUGGCUGACCUGGUGCCUGUGGAUGUGGUCAUCAAUGCCACGCUGGCUGCAGCUUGGUACUCUGGAUCACAGGCACUCAACAGGUCCAAAAACAUCCUUGUUUACAACUGCACAACCGGUGGGAUCAACCCAUUUCACUGGGGGGAAGUUGAGUACCAUGUAAUAUCCACGUUCAAGAGGAACCCCCUUGAGCAGGCCUUUCGUCGGCCCAAUGUUAAUCUCACAUCCAACCACCUAAUCAAUCAGUACUGGAUCGCCGUGAGCCACAAGGCUCCGGCCUUCCUCUAUGAUCUGUACCUCAGGCUGAUUGGACGAGAGCCCAGGAUGAUGAAGACAAUCACACGCCUCCACAAAGCCAUGAUGGUCCUGGAGUAUUUCACCAGUCACUCCUGGGUGUGGAACAAUGACAACGUAGGCAUGCUGAUUGCCCAGAUGAGCCCCGAGGAUAAGAAGGUGUUUAAUUUUGAUGUGCGUCAGCUGCACUGGGCGGAGUACAUGGAAAGCUACUGUAUGGGCACCAAGAAAUACGUCCUCAAUGAAGAGCUGUCGGGCCUGCCUGCUGCACGCAAACACCUCAACAAGCUGAGGAACAUCCGCUAUACCUUCAACACCAUCCUGGUGGUGUUCAUCUGGCGUGUCUUCAUUGCCCGAUCCCUGAUGGCCAGAAACAUCUGGUACUUUGUGGUGAGCCUCUGCUUCAAAUUCCUCUCCUAUUUCAGAGCUUCCUCCACCAUGAGAUAAUAAGCCUUGGACAGGGUUGCGGGUGGGGAGGCAAAGGGGCGACGAAAUGAAGAAACCCUGGCUGUGACGUUUAGAGGUUCCUGAGCUCAAAGCCCUUAAAAUGUUACCAUGCUGUCUGUCUCUGGCCCUGUGUUUCCCCUGACACUCAAGGAUUUAAUGGAACCGUUAAACCCAUGAACACCGACAGAGCUACUGGACAAGCCUGGAGAGUCCACAGCAGUCUAAAUGUUGCAUAUCUCAGAUCCAUCUAACCUGAUCUCUAGCAUUUCACAAAACCGACGGCAUGGAUUCAUCUCACAAUGAACAAUGCUUAGACUCCCAGCACUUGGACUUGUUAAAGAAGCAGGGCCCCACACCCUUAUUAUGUUCCAGGGCGCCCAAACCUGCUCCAUCUCGUCUGUCUGCUUGCCUGACUGCCUGCCUGCAAAACAAAGCUAUGUAUUGGAUGAUGCUCUGCAGCACAAAUCUUUAGCUGGUUUUGAGUCAGUCCAGGCUUCCUCUUAUGUGAUCUUUCAUUGAAGAAUGACUACUCAACUGCUAUGUAAGUUAUUUUUCACCUGAAAACAUAACUCAACACUCUUUUGUUUUCCUUGUUUGUUUUUUCCUCCCUUGAGGUUUGUGUGGUUCUUGUGAAUUUUCUGCUACUUAAGGCCUAUUGAAAUGUUUUAAAAGCCUGUUACAAAAUGUAUUAUACACAGGAUUACGGUUUUCAUAUGACGGCAGUUUUACAGCAGAUACUCCAGCCUGAGCCGGUUUUGCACAUUUAGUUGGCAGCAGUUGAAGAAUGAUUCUCUCAGUUGAGUCUUGUUCAGGGACAGGCUAGCCUAGAUAUCCUGUUCAAACUGUCUUCCCUUCAAACCCCACCCCCAAGACCAAAGCCAUUUCAACCAGUUAGACAGUUGACAUUGGCGGUCUUUUACUUUUCCUGCUUGAACACUCAACAGCAAUGCACUCCUGUAUGUCCCCAGUGAACUGCACUGGCUAGUUCCCUAAUUACGACCAAGCACAAUGUAGAUUGUAACAAGAUGGCUUUAUCCAGUGCCUACAAAUUGAUUGUUCUUGCAUCAGCAGAUCUUGCAAAUCAAGCUUCUUCUACAGGUUCCUUUUUUCUUUUUUUUGGGUCAUGUCAUUUGUGUCAUUUGGUCUCGAGCUGUUUUUGCCAAAAACCUCUUGGCUAACAGCCUCAUAGCUCAGUAGAGGAUACAGGUGGAGUUGAGAGGAGAAAUGGUGUCACCUUUUGGUUUAUUUUUCUCCAUUAUGCUUGCGCAUUUAAACUUUUAGUACUGGUUUACAUUUAGCUAAUAUACAAUGUCAUGACUUUUAUUCAUUGGUCUGCUAGUACACUACUUUUCAGGUAGCUCCAACUGUAGCCCACCAUCUUUUUGAAUGGUUUGUUACUUUAGUGUUUUCCUCUUUAGUAAUUCUUCUGGGUCAUUUGUUUGUCAUGUUACUGGUUCAUUUUACCAUCUUAGUUGCUUCUGUAAAUAUAUGUAGGAUUUGUCACGUGUUCAUGCUGUUUACAACCGGUGGUUAAACUCUUGGACCAUUCUGUUGCCUUCAUCAUUCUGUCUUGUUACAUAAGAAAUGUGUAUUUUAUACAAGAAAUGUUUGCUUGUUAAAGAAUUGACAACAUGAGCUAAGACUACUUACUUUUUUUUUUUUUUUUUUUUUUUUUUUUUUUUUUUUUUUUGCAUGAAUUUCUCUGGGUUUUCAUAGCAAUUAAUCCUCCUUGCCAUAUAAAUCUUUAAUUAACAUACAUGAGGUUUACCUGUACGCAUUUGUCUUGUCUGUUACCUAUUUCUCAAGCACACUACAAUGUUUGAAAGCAGCGUUUGACGAUGUGCUCAUCUUUGGUCGUGCUUGCAUGUGUCUUAGGCCAUAGACGCUUUAAACACCUACAUGUACGUCUAGUAGUGAAUGUCCUGGAUUACAAAUGUUUAAGCUUCAAUGGUGUGUGUAUUGAUCACCUGCAUCAAAGUAGUGUGUUUUUUUUUGUUUGUUUUUUACUUUUCUGGUUUUUUGUUUUCAUGGCUCAAAGAUUGUUGCUCCUAUUUUACAUGGCCAACACAACAUGGAUCCAUAUGCUUAAGCUGUAUUAGUAUACAAUUGUUUUUUCUUCUGAGGUUGAUUGCAUUAAGACUUGUUACAGUGUAAUGUUCAUUUUUCAACGUGUUCAUGUGGUUCUCUAGGUGACAAUUUUUUCAUUGCUUCUGCUUUAAGCAUGAUGAGCAUAGGUUACGGUGUUCUUUCAGGAGGAAAAGGAGUUUUUGCCACAGGCAUUGUCAAUGUGAAAAAAAAAAAAAAAAAAAAAAUCAAUGGGUGCCUUUGUUUGUAAACCAAAAAAUAAGGAAUAAACGGUUUAAUCCUGAUUACGACAUUUGA